AGAGAUUUAUUGGAGUAACAGGAAUUGAAGUUUUUCCUCCUUAGAGAGGGACCUUACAAAAUACCUAGAGGUUUUUCAAAAUCUCCCGGUCUUUCGUAUUCAGCAAUUCGACGCAUGCGCAGUAGCGCCGCAACAGCUCAUUAGUCGCUUUGAAAGUCACCGGUUCCCCGCACAUAACCUGUCAUAACCUCACAUUUUCACGCACUUGUUGUGUGUUUACUAUACAUGCAACAUAGGUAUUUUUUCAACAAACAUUUUUCUAAGUAGUUUAAAAUAAAGAAAGAUGGACAGAACGAGUAUUGGCAGUUUCCUGGGAAAAAGCGUUAACUCUCCAAGAAGGCGAUUGUCAUUGGUACAGUCUUUAAAAAAAGGCAGCUCUGGAGUAAGCGUUUCUGGAAGGUCCAAUCAAUCAGUACAAGUAAUAUGCAGAACAGCAAAUCACAUAGUGGAAAAUUUUGGCUCUACACUGCCAGUUUUAGUCACAGAAGCAUUAACUUUUGUAGAACGUAAUACUGCUGUUAGUGUUAGUGUGUCCUCGGAUGGUUGGGCAUGGCUUGUUUGUGGCAGAAGAUUACUUGUGUGGCAGUGCAAAACUACUAUACACGAUCCAAAACAACGCAGAACUUUUAAAACCCAGUGUCGUGAUCUGCUUCUUCCACAGAGUGAUUUAGCUCACAAAGCAGAAUGCAUCGCAGUGUGGUUGCCUCCUGGUCAACAGGUGCCAAGUUGCAUGGCAGUAUCACCUGAAGGUAUAGUUCGCUACUGGAACAACAUUGCCAACGAAGAACUGUCAGUGGAAACCAGCGCAGAAUUGGCAGGACAAGAAGUAGACUGUCUGACUCAUAUUCCAGGUCAUGGUUGCAUUUUAGCAACAACGACAUGUACAGUAGCAUUGCUCCAACCUCAGAGUGUAGGAGGCAGAGGUAACAUUAACUGCAGAGUACUGAGAACAAGCCAGGGUUGGCUUGGUGGUAUCGGUAGAAGAAUGUCUUCCUUGAUAUUUGGAGCUAUACCUCAGUCACCAGUUCAAGAGACUAAACUCAUCAAAGUCGUGUGUACUGGGGUCAAUGAGAGAGGCUCCAGAGUACUUAUCUUAGCUGGAAAUUCUUUACAGUAUUGGUCUUUUCCACAAGGGGAACAAGAAAAAAUGGAAUUUGAUGAAGACAUAGGUCACCUUGUUACGCAGUCUUUCCAAAGAAGAUUGCUAGAAUCAAUUGCUUGUAAUCCGCAAAAUAUGGUUACAUGGUUAAUAGACAUGCAGCCAAUAGAUGAGGGCAUUGUUGUACUUAUGGCAGCUCAUUGUGUGGAUGUCUCGCCACAAAUUCACUUUGCCGUCGGUUUAAUUCCACUUUCCGGUACAACGUUGACCAAUUCUUUUAAAUGGUUCAUCCCAAUUAAAGUUGGACCAAUAUUUCACAAUGAGGAUAUGGAGUCUACCAUUCACUCUUACCGUUUUAUCUUGUCGGGCUGGGAAAUAAUUGUGUAUAAUCACCACGACGUUAUCGUCGUAAGCAAUUUGUCAGAGUACGAGCAGGACCUAAUAGAUUUGACUAGGAGAGGAGAAGACAGCAUUCUUGGUGGUGCACUCUGCUCUGGUACUCCAGUUCUUUUUACAAGAAAUCUUGGACUGAUCACCAUUUCUUCAACUGAUUUUACAAGUCAUGAUUUUAAUCAAAGCUAUUCAGAUGUGAAUGCGAGCAUGGAUUAUGGAGGCAACGUCAGUAUGAUGCCCGAACAGUUUGUGACUCUUAUAAGCAAUGAAGAGAUCAACGAAAUGUUUUAUAGUUCAGACGGUGUUAAGCAGCUGCAAGCAGCUUUUCUUCUGAGCGUUCGUCAGAAUAAGGAAAAGUGCGACGAAAUUUUAAACGAUUUAUUUCCCUUGCAAGAAGAGCCAGUUAUGGAUAUAGAUGCUGCUCUUGAUACCUUAGUUUUACAGGUGGCAAAGCACUUAAUAGACGAUUAUCCCGCAAACGACCCCAGAUGGGCAAAUCACAGAGACUUGACUUUUACAUUAAAUGCUGUCUUAGCUAUGCAAAUUCCACACCAGCUUGAAGGAAAACAAAAAUCCAUGGAUUUAUUUGUCACAUUUUUGAAAGAACACAAUCUGUGGAACCGGUUCUGUGCAGUUACGUAUCGAGGAGUCAUCAUGUCGACAUCUCACGUUCUCGGCGAAUUCACGGAAAAAGUGGUUGCAAUGCUCACCAUUUAUAAUCUUCAGCAACGAUUCACAGAAAUCAUAGAUUCUGUGAUUGAGAGAACCUUGCAACCCGAAGCUUAUGUCUCGGAGGAUCUAACUGCCAACGACAUUUUCUACAGAGAAGUUAGCGAAGUUCAUCUAUUCUUGCCAAACCUAGUACAGAUUGCAGUUGAACAGUCGCAAUCGGAGAGGCCAAUUCAACAAAUAGCACAAUAUAUUUUGCAAGUCAAUUCUAUUGUUUUGGGCGUUCUUCACGAAGUAGUCAAAUAUCGUCAAUUCAAUGCUGAAAAGUACGUACCUCCAAGAUGUUCUCGCGUCGCGGAAUAUUUGCCUUGGACAGCAGCCACUGGAAAACAUGGUCUAAGGACUUGCCUCAAUACGAUGCAAAGUUUAACAUUGCAACACGGUGUAAAUAAUACGUCAGACGCCAAUGUUCGAAACGAAUUAUAUGAGCAAUUGGUAGGGUUAAUCGAUCUUAUUCUGGAUGGAAGAAAAUGUCAUUUGGAGAGUAUUCGCGGCACGGAGAAGUUUGAAAUACUUCUUAAACAAUACGAAACGGAGCGAACGAGUUUAAUCCAGCCCCUUAUCAAAGAUCAGCAAUACGAGAACGCGGCGAUGUUGGCUGAGAAGUACUGUGAUUUUGUCUCGCUGAUACAAAUUUGCGAAUUAACUAAUAACAAAAGCAGACUAGAUCUUUACAUGGAAAGAUUCGCCAGCCAAGAUUUUGCAGGAUUCCUGUUUUCAUGGUACGUGAAAGAUGGUCGGCAAGGCCAACUAGUAGAAAGAUGUCGUCGUGGAGGAGCAGCCGAACUGACGCAAAAACUUUUGCAGCAUCCUAUUUUAUCGUGGGUACAAGCCGCCCUUUCUGGCGGGUACGAAGUCGCUGCCAAAACGCUUUACUCGCUGGCCUUGGAAGAACAGGAACUUGUGACCCGUAAAAAGUCGAUGCUUUCGCUGGCGAAGUUGGCUUAUCUGGCUUCAGGCGAGCCUGCAGAGAAAUUAAGGGAAGGCAUUGGAAAAAUCGACAGUGAACUGAACCUCAUUGCACAUCAAGAGGACGUUCCCGUCCAUGUUUUAGAAAUUUACGGUUAUGACGUCGAAAAACUACGAGUUCUUAAUCCUUCCGAACUUAUUAAUUUGUACACAUGCGCUGAAAGUCAAAUAUCCAACGAGUAUGAUUUCAAGAAGGCUCUUGACUUGCUUGAGUACAUUCCCGAGGAGGACGAAAAAACCUCUCUUAAACUGAGGAUAUGGGCGCGAGCAGCACGAUGCGACAAGUGGGACACAGUUAGUAAAAACCCAGAGCAACAGAUCCAAGAAACGACUUUCUUUAAACUUAUGGAUCUCGUUCACUUAAUGGGAAACAAAAUUGAAAACGUACUACCUCCUGUAGAUAUGGUUCUGUCGGAGCAGGAACUGGGCAACUUGGCAGCCUCCAGCAAUUUCCAGUAUCUUUUAAAGUUGGUGUACGAGUACGCGUUUAACAAUUACUAAUAAGAAAUAAUGUUACCUGGCGAGUAUGUGAGUGAUUUUGUUAUACAAAUUUAAUUUUAUAUAUAUAUGUACUUUUAAGUAAUAAUAAAUUAUACAUUUUUCGAA